ACACAUGUUACUCCCGCCUCAAAUUCAAGCCCUUCCAGUAUGACGUCAUCAAUACCCUUUAGUACUUCACUUCCGGCUAUUACGUCAUCAAUCAUGGUAAAUCCUUCACAAUCAAGAAGUUCUCCCGUUAUUUCUACAAAAACCACUUCCUAUGAUAGUGUUAAUACGUCAUCAAUGAUCACGAAUACUACAAAACAAAGUAUGACGUCAUCAAUAAUUGUGAAUUCUUCUACGCCAAUGAUGACGUCAACAAUAAUGGUGAAUUCUUCACUACCAAUUGUGACAUCAUCAAUGACGACGAAUGCUACACAACCAACAAGCGUACCCGUUAUUUCCACAACAACCAUUUCAUAUGAGAGUAAUAUGACGUCAUCAAUGACCACGUAUACUACACAGCCAAGUAUGACGUCAUCAAUAAUGAUGAACUCUUCACUACCAAGUGUGACGCCAUCAGUCAUGUCGAAUUUUUCACAACCAUCAAGCACUCCCCUUAUUUCGACAACGACUACAUAUAAGAGUUAUAUAGAGUCAACAAUGACCACGGAUACUGCACAACCAAGUAUGACGUCAUCAAUAAUGAUGAACUCUUCACUACCAAGUGUGACGUCAUCAGUGACUGUGAAUUCUACACAACCAUCAAACAAUCCCGUUAUUUCGACGACAACUUCAUAUGAGAGUAAUAUGACGUCAUCAGUGAUCACGAAUAUUACACAACCAAGUUUGACGUCAUCGUUCAUGGCGAAUUCUUCACAACCAUCAAGCACUCCCGUUAUUUCCACCACAACCAUUUCAUAUGAGAGCAGUAUGACGUCAUCAAUGAGCACGAAUAUUACACAACCAAGUAUGACUUCACCAACAAUGGCGAAUUCUUCACAACCAGCUAUCAGUCCCGUUAUUUCCACAACAACCACUUCAUAUGAGAGUAAUAUGACGUCAACAAUAAUGGAGAAUUAUUCACAAACAAGUAUGACGCCAUCAGUCCUGUCGAAUUUUUCACAACCAUCAAGCACUCCCGUUAUUUCGACGACGACUUCAUAUGAAAGUAAUAUGACGCCAUCAAUGAUAACGAACAUUACACAACCAAGUAUGACGUCAUCGGUUAUGGCGAAUUCUCCACAACCAGCUAUCAGUCCCGUUAUUUCCACAACAACCACUUCAUAUGAGAGUAGUAUGACGUCAUCAAUGAGCACGAAUAUUACACAACCAAGUAUGACUUCACCAAUAAUGGCGAAUUCUUCACAACCAGCUAUCAGUCCCAUUUCUACGCCAUCCACUUCAUAUGUGUAUAAUAUGACGUCACAAGUAGUUUUUCCUCCAGAACCAACAACUACAGCAAAUAUGUCUACAUCAUCCACUUCAUACGUAUAUAAUAUGACGUCAGAGAUAACUGUUUCUCUAGAACCUACAAGCACAGAUAAUAUUUCUACGUCAUCUACUUCAUAUGUGUAUAAUAUGACGUCACGAGUAGUUUUUCCUCCAGAACCAACGACUACAGCAAAUAUGUCUACGACACCCACUUCAUAUGUGUAUAAUAUGACGUCACGGGUAGUUUUUCCUCCAGAACCAACAACUACAGCAAAUAUGUCUACGUCACCCACUUCAUAUGUGUAUAAUAUGACGUCAGAUGUAACUGUUCCUCUAGAACCAACAAGCACAGCUAAUAUUUCUACGCCAUUCACUUCAUAUGAGUAUAAUAUGACGUCAGAUGUAAUUGUUUCUCCAGAACCAACAAGCACAGCAAAUAUUUCUACGUCAUCCUCUUCAUAUGUGUAUAAUGUGACGUCAGAUGUAAUUGUUCCUCCAGAACCAACAAGCACAGCUAAUAUUUCUACGCCAUUCACUUCAUAUGUGUAUAAUAUGACGUCACGAGUAGUUUUUCCUCCAGAACCAACAACUACAGCAAAUAUUUCUACGCCAUUCACUUCAUAUGAGUAUAAUAUGACGUCAGAUGUAACUGUUCCUCUAGAACCAACAAGCACAGCUAAUAUUCCUACGCCACCCACUUCAUAUGUGUAUAAUAUGACGUCACGAGUAGUUUUUCCUCCAGAACCAAUAACUACAGCAAAUAUUUCUCCGUCAUCCACUUCAUAUGUGUAUAAUAUGACGUCAGAUGUAAUUGUUCCUCCAGAACCAACGAGCAAAGCAAAUAUUUUUACGUCAUCCACUUCAUACGUAUAUAAUAUGACGUCUAUGGAAUCUUCAUACUCCUUGUCUACCAGUUUUUCCAUUAAUAACUAUAGUUUCUCAUCAUUUUCUUCUCAAGAUAUGUCAACGUCCACAUCAGUAACAUCACGUCCAGCACAACCAAGCAGUGGCGAGAUUUCGCUUCAUGUUAGUUCUUAUGCUUCAGAUUCGUCAUCGUUAAUUCUGUCUCAUCCUGGACCUACAACAUCAAGUUCAGAUAGCAGCAGUAUUACCAAUUCGUUUGACUCUAUUAUAGCGUCAUCGUCUUCUACGUCGCUCGUACAACCAACAAGCUUUAGCACAAGUGUGAGGUCAGUUAGCACGAGUUUCUCUGGAAGUGUGAGUUCAGUUAGCACAAGUUUAAGUGAGAUGUCUUCAAAACUCGUGUCUAUGGAAGUGUCUAGUGUCAUAGCUCCAAGUUCACUGUCUUCUGCUUUUACUACUAUUGAAUCAAAGGUGUCAUCAAGUUCAGAUAGCAGUAGUAUUACCAGUUCGAUUGACACUAGCAUAGCGUCAUCGUCUUCUACGUCACUUGUACAACCAACAAGCUCAAGUAGAAGUGUGCGGUCAGUUAGCACGAGUUUGAGUGAAAUGUCUUCAAAACUUGUGUCUAUGGAACA